GGAGGAGGGGUGGGGGGGUGAUGACGUCACGCUAUGACGCGCCACACGCCGAAGCAAUUUCCUGCCAGUUUUUUUUUAGCUUUGUUAAGGUGACACAAUCUUCUUUCUCUAAAGCGCAAAAGAACCGAACUAAGUGGCCCACCCAUCGGAGUGCGCGAGUGAGUGAGUGGGACACGAUACGAGCCGCUAAAGUUAACCACCCUCCCUCCUUCCUUCCCCGGGGAGUCUCAACAGCCACGUUGUUGUUGUUGUGGUGGUGGUUGUUGUGGUGUUAGUGUUGGUGGUGGUUGUUGUGGUGUUAGUGGUGUUAGUGUUAGUGGUUGUUGUGGUGUUAGUGGUGUUAGUGGUGGUGGCUAUGCGGGGCCCCUGUAGGGAGGGCAGCCGAAGGCGCAGUGCGGGGAGCCGACUCUGAGUCUGUGAGCGUCGCGCUCCGCUGAGAACGACACUUUGUAAGAACUUUAUACUAUUUUAUAUCUAUAAUACAAACACCACCCCCGUAGUUCGUCGUGUGUGUCCAACCGCACGUUCGUACGAGUUUUAAACAGGGGGGGGGGGGUGGGGGUUUAUUUUAUAAUUCGCUUUCUCGCCUUGCCGUACACAACAACUUGGACGAACAAGAACUCUGUAGCGGGGUUUGGUGGUGGUAUCGGUGAAGAGAGAGAGAGGGCUACAGUAGUCAGGGCCUACCGUGGCAGACACACAGACGACUUUUAAAAAUAAACAAGAUAUUAUUUUAAAGAGAGAUGUGGCCGAAUCCCAACACGUCCCAGCCAGCAAGGCCCUCGGUCGUGUUUAAGAGAAAUGCCAUCACGGACGACUACAAAGUGUCGGCCCAAGUCCUCGGGCUCGGAAUCAACGGCAAGGUGCUCAUGGUGAAUAACAAGAAGAGCGGGGACAAGUAUGCACUCAAGAUGCUGCUCGACUGCCCCAAGGCGCGGCGCGAGGUGGAGAUGCACUGGCGCGCAUCGGGCUGCCCCCACAUCGUGCGCAUCGUCGAGGUCUACGAGAACAUCCACCAGAGCAAGAAGUGCCUGCUCAUCGUCAUGGAGUGCAUGGAAGGCGGCGAACUCUUCAACAGAAUCCAGGACCGGGGCGAUCAGGCGUUCACCGAGCGAGAAGCGUCAGAGAUCAUGAGAGACAUCGGGAGGGCUAUCGAACACCUUCACUCCAUCAACAUCGCUCACCGUGACGUCAAGCCCGAGAACCUCCUGUAUACGUCGAGGCGAUCGGACCCCGUGCUCAAGCUCACCGACUUCGGCUUCGCUAAGGAGACGCUCAGCUUCAACUCGCUAGCGACGCCGUGCUACACGCCCUACUACGUCGCUCCAGAAGUCUUGGGGCCAGAAAAAUACGACAAGUCGUGCGACAUGUGGUCCCUCGGCGUCAUCAUGUACAUCCUGCUGUGCGGGUUCCCUCCGUUCUACUCGAACCACGGCCUUGCCAUCUCCCCCGGAAUGAAGAAGCGCAUCCGCCUGGGCCAGUACGAAUUCCCCAGCCCAGAGUGGACGGCCGUGUCCGAGGAAGCCAAGCAGGUCAUCCGAAAGCUUCUCAAGACGGAUCCGACGGAACGCAUGACCAUCGCCGAGUUCAUGAACCACCCCUGGAUAAACCAAUUAAUGGAGGUGCCGCAGACGCCUCUACACACCAGCCGGGUGCUUAAAGAGGAGAAGGAACUCUGGGAAGAAGUGAAGGACGAGAUGACGAGCGCACUGGCCACGAUGCGGGUCGACUACGACCAGGUGAAGAUCAAGAAGCUGGAAGACUCGAGCAACCCACUCCUGAACAAGCGUCGCAAAAAACAACCGCCGGGUCUGCCGGCCGUGCUGCAGAAGCCGCAGCAGACGGCAACUGCGAACAAUUGAGCCGGCGUCGUCGCCCCCCCCCUCCCAGCCCGGUCGCGCAGAUGCUCGCUCGCUCGCACGCCACGCCAGGUCCCCGGAACACUGCAUCGGCGAGCGAGGCAACGGGGAAAGUGGUUGUGACGGACAGAUGCACGCGUGGACGAGGAGUUCGGUUCCACGUUGGACAGCGUCCGCUGUAAGCGCCAUGGCGCGCGCGUCCCCUUCACAUCCGAGAAUCAUUGUGUCCGCAUCGAAGUGAUCCUGGUCGGAAAACGCAAGCCAAGCAAUGUUGGUGGUGGCCCGCUCUCUCUGUCGCCUUCGCUGGCGGCCGACUCGAGCAACAGUCUAGGUUCCGUCGUUGGCGGUCGACGCAGUUAGUCGCGGGGUUCCGUGCCGGCAUAUUUUUUUACGUCCACGUGAUCUCAUCGAUCCCAAAUGGCCUGGACUCCCUUCGUCUCCACGCGUGGCCUUGAACACCUCCUCUUGCACCGAGCAUCCUCCAUGCGCGCCUGCCCAAAGAGUUUGCGUAAUUGCACGGGCGUGUUUGGUUGCGCAGUUGGGAGUGUUUCUUGGGUCUUAGAACAUGAGACGGCAUCAAACCAAGACACGUCGGCCUCGUCACAACUGGAAUCGGGAGGCGUUUUUGCUCCCUCCGCUAACCCUCAUCAAGUGCAGCCACGACCACAAACGAACGGGGUGAUUUGCGAACGGGGUGAUUUGCGAAAGGGCCCUCGCCGUGCUCAGGUGACGUGAGCAAACCCGGUCAGUGGCUCUGUGGGCAUUAAAAAUCUUAACGAGUAUUUAAUAACCUACUGGUCCUCACUAUCGGGGUCCCCCCGGCAUGUCUGCCACUGUAUGAAUUUUAGUGAAGUUUCUCAUUGUGGUGUCCCAUGACCCAGCUGAGUUGCUGUGGCCACUAGCUUGUAGAAGGGCUUGCCAAAACUUGUCUUUCUAUGUGGCUGCCAUUGCUCUCUCCUAGUUGCUAUGAAAUUCAACUCUUGUAAACUUUUAUUUGAUUAUUUUUGUUGUUGUUGCUGGAUUUUUUUUUUGCCCGCAUUGGGAGAGGUGGUUUGGGGAAAUCCCAAGCAGGGUUUAUUUUUUUUUGCUGGUGUCUUUCAUUCGCCGAAAAAACUUUAGAACGCUCGGGGCUUUUAUUGUUUUUAGUGUGUAUGUAUUUCUUUUUUAACUGCAAUGUGGACAGUUCCACGAAAUUGCCUCCAGGUAAUGAAACAGAAACCAGCGUGAAUGUUCCGCGCAGACGCGUGCACGCAGGUCUACAUGCGCUGCACCGUUGUUCUGUUCCUAUGGCUGCCCUCAUGAACUCUCGCGUAGUGAAGGAGGUAUAAUAGCGGAACUCGCAGUCAUUUUUUCACGUGGAAGCUUCCGCAAUAGCAAUAAUAAUAAUACAAAAAAAAUUGUAACAAAAAAAAUACAAAUAAACGUUUUACCCAAACAGUACGAAAUGUUAUCGAUAUAAUAUAUAUAUUUUUAAACAUAUACUGUAUAUUCAUUACUUAGAACAUGAGACUUGACACUCGUUUGAAGGCACCAGAGGUGGCUUAUCAUUAACGGAGCUGUGGUAAGCCAGGUGGCCAGGGCACUCGGCUGUUUUGUUGGUGGCUUGGCAGUGGAGUCACGGCCGUGCGUGGUGCACAUUUGCCACCCAGUGCCGGAUUAAAAAAGCAAUGCGUCGACAUCAGGGUCAAAUCACGGUUGUUUUUAAAGAAGGGGUGGGGGGGGUGGCAGGGUUAGGGUUCAGGGGUCAGGGUUGUGAUGACCUCAGAGUAGACAAUUGCCUUCUGGGAAGACUAAUGUGCCACGUAAUUAGUAGGGGUGGAACAAUGUAUUGAUUCGUAGAUUUUAUAUGGAUUCUUAAUGCUCGUGAAUAUGUGCAUCAAUUCGUCUGUGUGUGUGUGGGAAUUUAUAUUUUUAGACGAGCCUACAUUGUAAGUUUUGGUGCACAGUGGUUAGCGCACUGUGCUUUGAACCCAACCGUCUGAGUUUGAUUCCCGGCCAUGUCUAACACAAGUGGCAAGUGAUAUCCUGAACCAGUCUUGGACAAUCUGCCCCACCCUAAAGUAAUCCAUACCGACUAGCAUUUAAAAAUAGCUUAAGAAUCAAUUAUUUUCAAUCCCUUGGUGUCAUGGGCUCUGGUCACCCCUGUAGCCACUUCAGAGAAGCCGCUACCUUUCAUUAACACAAAGUAAAAACAAAAGGAUUCUUGAAUCGAGCGGCACCGGUCGACGCUGAAUCGCGACGUGCGUUCCACCCCCAGUAAUAGCAUGGACGAGCAUCACAUUGUUUCGCGGAAACUUUUUUUUUCCAAGACGUGGGAGCUGGGUACUCUUUUGUGUGUCGUUCGCUCCUCGACUUUUUGUGUUUACCCGAGUCCCCCCCCACCCAUCGGGCGAACAAGAGACGAGAGGACAAAGUGCGCGAUGUGUACACUCACCGCCUCCGCCGCGCUGCUUUGUUCAUCG